AACGCGGGAAGGAGGGGCGGGGCUUCUGGUGGCGGUAGGGAACUGGGGGAAGGCGGUAACAUUGUUUCAAGUUGGACAAAUUGACAAGAGCGAGAGAUACACUGCGUUCCAUCCCGACCUGGGGCCACGGCACUGGGCCCUGUUUCCCCUCCUCGGCCCCCGAGAGCUGGGUGCCGCUUUCUGCAGGGUUCCCAGGCCCCCGCUCCAGGGCCGGGCUGACCCGACUCGCUAGCGCUUCAUGGAGAACUUCCAAAAAGUGGAAAAGAUCGGAGAGGGCACGUACGGAGUUGUGUACAAAGCCAAAAACAAGGUGACGGGAGAAGUGGUGGCGCUUAAAAAAAUCCGCCUGGACACUGAGACGGAGGGUGUACCCAGUACUGCCAUACGAGAGAUAUCUCUGCUAAAGGAGCUUAACCACCCUAAUAUUGUCAAGCUGCUGGAUGUCAUUCAUACAGAAAACAAACUCUACCUGGUUUUUGAGUUUCUGCACCAGGAUCUCAAGAAAUUCAUGGAUGCCUCUGCUCUCACUGGCAUUCCUCUUCCCCUCAUAAAGAGCUAUCUGUUCCAGCUGCUCCAGGGCCUAGCUUUCUGCCAUUCUCAUCGGGUCCUGCACCGAGACCUCAAACCUCAGAAUCUGCUUAUCAACGCAGAGGGGGCCAUCAAGCUAGCAGACUUUGGACUAGCCAGAGCCUUUGGAGUCCCUGUUCGUACUUACACCCACGAGGUGGUGACUCUGUGGUACCGAGCACCUGAAAUCCUUCUGGGCUGCAAAUACUACUCCACAGCUGUGGACAUCUGGAGCCUGGGCUGCAUCUUUGCUGAGAUGGUGACCCGGCGGGCCCUAUUCCCCGGAGAUUCUGAGAUCGACCAACUCUUCCGGAUCUUUCGGACUCUGGGGACCCCAGAUGAGGUGGUUUGGCCAGGAGUUACUUCUAUGCCUGAUUAUAAGCCAAGUUUCCCCAAGUGGGCCCGGCAAGAUUUUAGCAAAGUUGUGCCCCCCCUGGAUGAAGAUGGACGGAGCUUGUUAUCGCAAAUGCUGCACUACGACCCCAACAAGCGGAUUUCAGCAAAGGCAGCUUUGGCUCACCCUUUCUUCCAGGAUGUGACCAAGCCAGUACCUCACCUUCGACUCUGAUGGCUUUCUCAAGCCCCUACUCCCAGUCUCACCCUCUCCAGUGGGGGCAUGAUCUGGCUUGGCCCAGGGCUCUUAGCUCACUGAUCUUGUCUGGCUGCCUUAGCACUCACCUGCCCCUCUUAGCCAGCCAACUCUGGGGAGAGAGGGUGGAGGGGAGAAAUAGGUGAAAUUGAAAGGAAGCGUCAAUAUUACAUGCACUUAAUCUGCACCAUGCUCUCCCCUUCCUCUUAGUCAUUGCUUAGGAGGGAUGGUAUUUAAAAAAAAAAGAAAAAAGACUGUUUCUCCUUCCUCCACAUAGGGUUUGCCAUCCCAGUCUCUGAAAGCUCCGCAAUUAUUAUUUUCUCUGUUUCAGGUGACAGAGACCCCAAACCUCCCACAGCCCUGUGUAAGGCCAACUGAUAGCAGGGGCACUAAGUUGGAACUUUUGAAAACCAAGCAAAACAAAAACAUGGCGAGGGGGCUGUUUUAAAGAAUUAGGUU